AUGCACCAGUUUUUACAACUUAUUUUGCUAUUAUCGACAGCGUUGGCUUUAAUUGGUGAUGGGUUCUUAUCAUUGUCUGUAAACAAGAUUCAAAAUACCAAUGGGUUGGGAAACUUCCCUAAUAGAUUACCGAUUUUUGAAAAAAUUGAAGAUCAGUUGGAGAAUAUAACUAGUUCGAUUUUGGGACAGGAUGCUCUGAAAAGUAUUGCUCCUUUAUUCGGUAAUUCAGGGUUCAAGUUCAAGAAAUAUAAACACAAGCAUCACGAAGGCCUUAAGAACAUCCUUGGGUUGGGUAAAAGUAGCAAAACAAACUCUACAAGCACAGUCAGUGAGGAAGAUGAGAAUGACGGGAAUGACGAGAAUGAUGAGAAUGAGAGUGGAGCAUUUUCAGUUGAUUUAAACAAUGCUCAAACAAUGUACAUCGCCAGCAUUUCAAUUGGAUCACCAGCACAAGAAGUCCAAGUCAUGAUCGAUACUGGAUCUUCUGAUCUCUGGGUGAUUAGCUCUCAAAACCCCAGUUGUAUCGAAAAUGGUGGUUCAUUAAAUUGUUCAGAAUAUGGAACUUUCAAUCCAAUUAAAUCAUCAAGUUGGCACAAGAAUGAUAGUAUUGAAUUCAAUAUCUCAUAUCUUGAUGGAUCUAGUGCUACUGGUGAUUUUGGUCAAGAUAGUAUUGAAUUUUUCAAGGAUUUUGUGUUGAAGGGAGCAAAUUUCGCCGUUGUUGAAAAUACAACUUCUGAAAUUGGUGUUUUUGGAGUUGGAUACCCUGGGUUGGAAAGUGCUUCUACUAAAUAUAGUAAUAUACCUCAUGCUUUAAAAGAGCAGAACUUGAUUGCUAAAGCUGCCUAUUCAUUAUAUUUGGAUUCAAGUAGUUCUAGUGAAGGAAGUAUAUUAUUUGGUGGAAUUGAUCACGCUAAAUAUACUGGUGACUUGACAACUAUUGAUAUCGUUCCAAAAGAUGGUGAAUAUCUUUAUUCACAAAUUCCAUUGUCUCAUAUUGCUGCUUCAAUAAACAAUUAUACAAAUGCAUCUCCAGGAUCUGAUUCCAACGGUACUCAUCCUGGAAAAGUUGGGUCGGUUAACAUCUAUAACGGAACUGAUUCAUUCAAUGGUGGAAUAGAUUUGAAAAACACCCUGGUUUUACUUGAUUCUGGAACUACUUACUCAUUCCUUCCACAAGACCAAAUUGAAAGUAUUAUUGGAUUAUUUGGUAAUGUAUCUUACGAUGGUAAUCUUGGCGCUUACAAAAUCCCUUGCUGGUUGGGCAACAAAGGUAACUAUUUCCAAUUCAACUUCAACGGAGAAAAAGAUAUCAAUGUCGAUAGUUCUGAAUUUGUAUUGGAAGUUGGUAAAGAUUCAUCAGGUGUUGCACAGUGCAUUUUUACAUUGUUACCAGGACAACCAAUCUUUGGUGACAAUUUCUUGAGAUCGGUUUACACUGUGUUUAACUUGGAUGAUAACACAAUCUCAAUUGCCCAAGCUUCUUACAACAACGAUCAUCAAGUGGUUCCAAUAGAGUAA